AUGCUAUCAGAUGCUUCUUCGAAUCUGCGAAACGUUGAUAAGUUAUGGAUUGUGCCCUGCUAUGGUGCGUUACCGCCGCGAGAGCAGUUAAAAGCAUUUGAUUCGACUCCACAUGGCACUCGCAAGGUCGUGGUGGCCACUAAUAUUGCGGAAGCCUCGGUUACCAUUCCAGGAGUAGCAUACGUUGUCGACUGUGGCUUUGUCAAAUUGCGCGCGAUGAAUCCCGACAAUGGCAUUGAGACACUAAUGCGGCUGCCAAUAUCAAAGUCAUCAGCUGAACAGCGAGCUGGACGAGCUGGCAGAAUACGCCCUGGCAAAGCAUAUCGACUAUAUCCAGAAUCGCAAUACGAGAAGUUAUGUGAGGGUACAAUUCCCGAAAUUCAACGUUGCCACCUUGCACCAGUAAUUCUACAGCUGAAGGCUCUAGGAAUUCAGAAUGUCCACAAAUUUCAUUACCUAUCCAGGCCACCUUCGUGGUCGGUUAUCAAUGCGCUUGAAUUACUGUAUGCUCUUGGAGCUUUGGAUGAAAAAUGCAUGCUCACAAACCCACUGGGUCUUCGAAUGUCCGAGUUUCCCUUGCCACCGAUGCACAGCAAAUGUUUGCUGACAUCAGGCGAUUUCGGAUGCAGUGAAGAAAUCGCCACGAUUAUUGCAAUGCUCCAAGUGCAGGACGUGUUUUUAACGCCGACAAGGAAUAGGAAUAGAUCUGAGGAGGUGAAGCGUCGAUUUGCUGCAGAAGAAGGUGAUCACAUUGCAUAUCUGAAUAUGUAUACGAUGUUCGUUCAGGUCAGCUUUCAACUUUUCAGUCAUAAUGCGAGACUUUAU